GUCUCCAGCCACCGUUAAACGUCGUUUAUCCGCGCUCCUCUGUGGGCGAAACCAUUCGGCGGAGGGGUGAAUAUGAAAUCAUCCCUGGAUGUGGUUCUGCCCGGGCGUGCUCAUUUUGCCAGCAAGGCUUGCUCAGUUGAUUCUGCUGCAGGUAGUUCCUCUUCUGUUCCGUAUAGAUUGCUUCUGGUUUUUGUAUAAUCGCGCUUCCUUCGACUGCUUGUGAUUUAGUCUUUUUAAAAAAUAUAUUUUUAUUUUCGCAUUUUCCCGUCUGUUUGCGCGCGCGCGCGCACUUCUAGGCAGCGCGGAGUUUUGCAUUUCAAUGUACGGUACUUUCCAAAACUAAACCAAAUUGAAGAGCUCCUUGCUACUCCCGUUGCCUGUGCUUCCUCAGCUUCAUUCGCCUACUGUGCAUUCUACGAAGCAGCUUAAUAAUAAUAAUUUAUUAUUUGCAUGCCCAAAGCAUAAAAAUCUAUGGGUAAAAGAAAAGCGGUAGAAUAAUACAGUUCUUUGGAAGUUCUUUUUUUUAAGCCAAUGCAAGAAACACUCUUAAAAUUGCACCCACCCCCUUGAUGCAAUAUGAGCUUCCAAAGUGGGUCUCUCUGAAACUUUGGCUUCUUGAUACUUGAAAUCCUGUCUGUUUUUAAGGGUCGUGGGACAUCAUGGCCUAAAGGCAUCUUGUUCCAACAGUCUCGGCUCAAGUUACGCAGGUUCUGGUCUGGUCAGUGUCCAGAUCAUGAGGAAUGUUUGGGAAACGCCUCCCCUGAACUUCCAUGGAAGAAAGGCGGGGUAGAGGUGUAAUAACAUUUCCUUCCUUCCAACACCGCCUUGCCUUAAAGUCUGUAUCCGUCUGCAGGGCUGCAGCCUUAAUAGUAAGCAAUAAUAAUGCAGAGAAAAGGUGGGCUCCUCUCUUCCCUGAAAAUUAGCACCACCGUCCCUGUCUUUCUCGAGUUAAGGAGCAGGCAUUAAAGGAGUAAAAUUCUGCAGCCCCAGGGCAGACUUAAGGACCAGCUUCCUCUCCUUAGGAACAGAGGCUGUAAAAUUAAACACCCACACAGCCUUCUCAUAUCCAGGUUAGUUCUCAAGGCAAGUACCUUGCUGCAUUCAAUGAGCUUCCUACUUUCUUGGAAGGAAGGAAGCCACGUUGAAAUCAAUGGGCCCUUAAGGGCAACCUGGCCGGCAGUGCCACAUCGUGGAGGAACUGAAGCCACGCACAUUUCCAUCCUGAAGGAUGUGCAUGUAAGAGGUUAAGCCCAGAGUCUCCCUACUGCUAGGUAAGCCUGGUUAGGAUAUAAAAAAAAUCCUUUCAGUAGCACCUUAGAGACCAACUAAGUUUGUUAUUGGUAUGAGCUUUCGUGUGCAUGCAUGCACACGAAAGCUCAUACCAAUAACAAACUUAGUUGGUCUCCAAGGUGCUACUGGAAGGAAUUUUUUUAUUUUGUUUUGACUAUGGCAGACCAACAGAGCUACCUACUAUAACUGUCAAUGUUUUCCUUUUUUUAAGGGAAAUUCCCUUAUUCCGAAUAGGAUUCCUCACAAGAAAAGGAAAAAGUUGACAGCUAUGCUACCUACCUGUAACUGGUUAGGACAUGGCCUUGAAUGGAGAGGUGGUGGUGCAUCAUUAUAUAGCGCUGGAGUCCUAAGGACAUUUAUUGGGCAGUAAGAUCUAGCGGGUCUUCUUUCCGAAAUAAGUCUGCAUGGAAGCACCUGGCCACAUGUAUAUAAUUGCUUAAGCUAUAAGUGGCCCUGAACUCAGCGGGGCUUACUUCCAAGUAGCCCUACUGCAUAGGCUGGUAGCAGCAUCCUCUGACGUCCAGAGGGGUUUUGUUUUGUAUAUUUAUUUAGUAGGUCUUAACUAACCAGUAACCAUGCAUGCGUAAGAUUUUGCAAGAGUUUGCUUUCAAGUAAACAUUGCUAACAAGAGUAUUUUUUUAAAAUAAUAAUAAUAAUAUUACUUAUCCAGCUUCCCACUCCCCUUCGCCCAGCUCAGAGCAGACCCAUUGGAAUGAAUGAUUUCUGUUCUAAACAGAAUUUAGUUGCAUGCACGAUGGUGGGGGUCUAGGUCUGCAAAUUGAAGAGCUCCCAGGGACGGCCGUUUCCGUCAUCGCGACCUCAUCACGUUUAUUAAAUCCCCCCCCCCCUUCCCCAACACACACAUACCCCUACUUUGCAAAAUAAAUAAAUAAAUACCGGGGAAGGCGCGGAUUGGCCGAGGAAGCUGCGAGUAAGGAAAGACCCCUCCUCGCCAGCCAGCCAGCCGGAUUGGUGCUGCUGCUGCUGCUGCUGCGCCUGCCCGUCGCUGGGGACCGGCCUGGGAAGGGAUGCGGUGGGGCGCACGACCUGGCCCCCCGCGGGGACAGCAUGACCCGGCGCGAUCGGCUCAUGAAGGGGAGACCCCAGAGGCAGCCUGAGGCCGGGGGAGGCUCCCGGGCCGGUGAGUGGCGUCUGGGGGGAGCGAGGGGGCGGGCGGGCAGCAGGAGGAAGGCCCAGCUGCUCAGCUGCAUACAUAGAUGCGGUGAAAAGGCGAGGAGGGAUGCCCAGCGGUGGGGUGCCAGAAAACGGGGAGUCCCCGCUGCAUUCGUAUUUGAAGGCGGUUUUGCAUUUGCUCCAGGCCUUGGUGCGUCAGGGUGAAGAAGGGGGCAGUUUUUAUUUUCCUCUCCGCCCCUCCCCCCAAAAAAGACUAAACCGGUUUGAAAGCACACACCCCAAUAUGGUGUGAAGCCGGGUGCAUUGCACCAAAGCCAGAUUUCCCUCGGUGGUAAUACGAAUCACAUUUCAAGCCCCUGGUCUCCUGUCCACUGUCUGACUGGUUUUGGGGAAGGAGGGCCAGCUGUAAGGGAAGGGGGCUGCCCCAUAGCAGCAAGAGCUGUUGUCUGUGUUACUGGGAAGUAAGUGCCACUCUGCUUCAUGGGGCUUACUCCCAGGGAAGUGUGCAGAGGAUGGCUGCCUUGGUUGCAUUAUUUUUUUAAUGCUUUGAUGAAAACAUUGUGGUUCGUGGCUGGUGCAAACUCUACAUCCUGCACUCCCUCUUCUUAAGGAACUAGGUCAGGGGGCUCAUGCUUAAAUGAUUUGGACCCAGCACCAAUCAACUCUGUUCCACCACAAUCCUAUGUGUGCUUAUUCAAAAGUAACACCCAUGGUUUCCAGUGGUGCUUGCAUGCAGAUAAGUGUGUCUGGGAUUUCAGACUGUGAAACUGAACUUCCCUGGAAAGCCAACAGCUUGCUCUUUAAACAUACUGUAUUUAUAUAUAAUAGUUUAUAUAAGCUGUUUUGCUUGUAAUUGUUGCAUAUACAAGCAUUUGCCUUGCUAGGUCCUGAGGCAUCGCUCCCCCCUCUAAAAAUAAAAAGGACUGUGCUUGAAAGAGGUACCUGCCCAAGUCAGAGCCCUUCUGAAGCAACUUACUCAACUGAGUAAACAUGCAGUGAUGUGAUUUCUGCGAAUUACUGUUGUUGUUAUUAUUAUUAUUAGUAAUUGAAUUUCUAUCCCGCCCUUCAUCCGGGGAUCGUGUGGUGGUUUACAAUAUAAAAACACAAAAAAUACUCAACAGCACAAACGAAACAUCAGUCCCUUUUCGCAAGGAGCUCUGGGAACUGUAGCGCUGUGAGGGGAAUGCGUUGCCAACAACUCUCAGCAGCCUGAACAAACUACAGUUCCCAGAAUUCCUUGGGGGAAAGCCAUGACUGUGUGAAGGGGCAUCUCGGUGCUUUAAAUGUGUGGAUGUGGUCCCAAUUCAUUGCUGGCCUCCCAACUGUCUCCAGUGCCAGCCAGCACGGUCAGUAGUCUGUUUCCAGCAGAUAAUGUUUCUGCAGUUUCCUGCCAUCAGGAAGGGAGGAUAUUGGGGCACCAUCUGAUCUGAAAGCUUUCCCCUGUAAUACUUGGUUUGCAAAUGCUGUUAGUUUUCUUUCUCCUCUCUGCCUUAUCCACCAACUCCUCCUCUCUGGCCUGUAUUCCAAGCGAGUUUCCAUAGCAACUCCACACUUAGGCCAAGAGCAGAAUCGAGCAGUAAUUGGAUCCCGGGGCCUUUCGGGAGACAUGAAGCCAUGAGGGAACCCUGCGAUUGAAGUACCAUUAGUUAACACAUUUCUGAUCCAUACGCUGCCCGCCUGACCCAUGGCAAAACCAAGGCCAAGCCUGUAAAUGAGGGCGCAGGAAUAACCAGCCCGUUUGCCCGCGCAUCCUCGUAAAGGUUAUGUGAGGCUUGGAAACGGGGGGAAAGGCCUAUUUGCACAGAUCUGGCCUCCCUAGUCACCUCAAGCUGCUUCUCGCUCGCCAUAGGUGACCAGGCAUGGGGCUGUUUACAAGCCUGUACAAGAUGUGAGGGCACUGGAUUUCUGCAUUUUAUUUUUACAAUUAAACGUCGUGAGUGAUGGGAGAGGGGUGGCGAUACAUUUUCCCGUUGCUAUAUAUUUCCCCGUUAAGUCUCUAUCUAUGAUGCAUUGCUUCAUUAAGAUUAAUUAGCAACAUAAUGAAUGGGAUGCCAAGUGCUAUAUCGAGUCCAGUUGGCAGCUUCACGCUGAAAUGAGUGUAUUAACAGAUUUUCAUUUGAAAAAAGAAGUGUGUGCAAUUGAGCUAUGUGUAAGUAUUUCGACAAGAAAUAAUCUGGAAGAAACUCUAAAUUGGUUUGAUUGUAACAUUCUCCUAUGCUGAGCAUGCUUUGUUGUGUUCGCCCCACCCCCGACAAUCAAAUAUGUCAGUUCAAAUUUUAUUUGUCAUUGUUAUUUAUUAAAUUUGUAUACCUCCCUAUACCCGUAGAUCUCAGGGCAGUUACCAUUCUCUCUCUCCCCACCCCUCCAAAUACCUUCUUUAAAAAGCUAUUAGGGGAGAAAAAACACUUUUGAGCUACUUUCAGCCCACUUUGGAGCAGCUUUGCUCCGCCAAUCAAAAUCGGAGCCACUUAAGUUGGUUUUUGAAUUUUUUUAUUUAUUUAGGGAAUCUAACGACUCCUGUUUUGUAUACAGAUGCCUUGUGCCUAGAGCCAAGUCUCCAGCGGCAGCACCAGGAAUGUGUUACUGAGGUUCUUAGCGAAGACAUAAAUAUAUAAAUACUUUUUUGUGUUUUGUUUUGUUUCAAAAAGCCCCACCAAGUUCCUAGUCCUUAGGCCUAGAUAAGCAGGCUUGAAAGUGCACGAGCAAUCUCCCAGGCCAGAGAGUGAGUGGCUUUGUAGGGUUUCUAGCAGCCAAGGACAAGGUUUCAGUCUCCCUCUGCCCCCCACAACGAACAGAAACAGAACGAACAAUGUAAAAGGAACAUCUGACUGGAUGUAAGGCAGUUUCCUGUGGUUCUGUCUUCUCAGAACAUUGAUUCCCGAGUUUCUGUUUAUAUAUUCUAUCUUCACGAUGGAUGACUGUGCCAUGGCGAUAAAACCAUUUCUCUCUGUUUGUGCAGGUUACAUUCUCGCACGACCAAGCCUUGUCCUGAUGCUGGAAAGGGGGGAACAGCCUUGCAUGAGCAACAGCAAGAUCAGCGUGGGCACCAACCCUCUGAGCAGCAGUGUUGCGGGUAAGGGGGCGUCUGGAAAGCCAGCCUGGAGCAUCCUGACCUGAUCUCCUAGGACUUAGGUCAUGUGCGCACCAUAAAUCUAAAGCCCUGUGAUAUCACUUUAAACAGCUAUGGCUUUCCCUCCAAAGGGAAAUGAAUGAAGUUGAGACACUUGGAUUUAAAAUAAAUAUUGUUUAACAGAAAGUGGAGAAGAUGGGUGUUAACCAUGGAGUGAUGCCUUAAAUAAAUUUUAAAAUGUAACUGGAAGAUGGGAAAAGGGAAUUUUUUUCUUUUUCUUUAUUACUUCUUUUUUCUUCUGUUUUCUCUCUUUCCCCUGCUUCUUUCUUUUUCUUUUCUUCUUUGGUGUUCUCUGUUUGGAAAUUUUAUUAGGGUCCAGGGAUUGUACACUCUUGAGGGUUGUAGAUGGUUGAUGGAGGGGCCCUGGGGGGCAGGCGGGGAAAUAUUGGGUGACAGGGAGGAUAAAGGGAGGAUAAAGAUCCCAGGUGAGAGCUGGGAGGGCCUAUGACGAUCUGCAGUAAGGGUUAAGAACUACUUUUAAAAGAAGACUUUGUAUGCUAUUACAGUGGUACCUUGGUCCUUGAACUUAAUACAUUCUGGGAGUCCGUUUGACUCCCAAAAUGGUUCGAAAACAAAGGUGUGUUAUGAAAAAACUUUAAUAAAAGUAUUAACAACAACUAGAGUCCCCCCCCCUGCAAAGAAUCCUGGGAGUUAUAGCUUGUUCAGGGUGCUGAGAGUUCUUAGGAGGUCUCGUUCCCCUCCAAGAGCUACAAUUCCUAAAGGGAAUUAGCUAUCAGUUCUCUUCCACAGGGAACUACAGAGAUUGUACAGGUGAGUGGCAGCAGGGUGCAUCAGUCUCCCCAGUCCAUGCAUUUAGUGAUUGGACUGAUGAGAAGCUAGAGAAGUGGGGCAGAGAAAUGGCUAGGAGAUGCGGGAAUGGCCUCCGGUUGAUGAGGAUGCCUGGCUUCUGACACCCUCCUUUCCCCUCCCCUUCCAGACUCGCAGGCCCUGAAAGAGAACGCCAAGUCGCCUUCGCCCGCGGCUCUGUCUUCGCCGCCCGCCACGGAGUCACCCAAGCCUGCCCGGCCCCGCCGCCCCCGCCCCCCAGCCGUGCUGCCCUCCGAGCGCCCCUACCAGUGCAAAGACUGCGGCAAGCGCUUCGUGUACCGCUCCAAGCUGGCCACGCACCAGUGGACCCAUUGCGCCGAGCGCCCGUACAAAUGCCCCGACUGCCCCAAGAGUUUCAGCUACCCGUCCAAGCUGGCGGCCCACCGCCGCACGCACACCGGCGAGCGGCCCUACCCCUGCACGCUCUGCCCCAAGCGCUUCGGACACCGCUCCAAGCUGGCCGCCCACCAGUGGAUCCACACGCCCGAGCGCCCGUACAAAUGCGCCGACUGCCCCAAGAGCUUCUGCUACCCUUCCAAGCUGGCCGCCCACCGCCGCACGCACACGGGGCAGCGGCCCUACCCCUGCAACCGCUGCGGGAAGAGCUUCUGCUACCCGUCCAAGCUGGCCGCCCACCAGCAGAUCCACGCGGCCGCUGCGGCGGGGCGGCCCUACCCGUGCAUGCGCUGCAGCAAGAGCUUCCGGCAGCUGCGCAACCUCACGCUCCACCAGCGGGUGCACGAGGACGGGGAAGUGGGGGAUGACUUGUCCCAAAGCAAAGGCCACAGCAACGGAGAGAGGCCGUAGAGUGGAGAUCUGAAGCGACUGGACAACGUGGGGGUGCGGGGAGGAAAUUGGCUAACUUGGAUGCUUGGUGGGUGCGGGGGGAUCAUUGUAAAUAACGGCAAGGGAGAGGGGGUUUGGGGUUUACACAGAGAUGGGCUUUGAGGACCCAUAGCAGCUCAGCUCUUUUGUUGCGGGUCUUGCCGCUGUUUCCCCCCCUACAGUGCCAAGUCGAUGUGUGUGUACUCUCCGCCUCCCCAUAGCCCAAGCUGUGUAUACCAUGCUGAAAAAAAAGCCAAAGUGUGUGUGGUCAGAGAACCCCGGUUCAGCCCUCAGAAAUGGCAUAUUCUGCAACCUAACUUGUGCAUUGCUGAGAUGUGCACCUAGGAGGGGCAGAGCGCCACGGCCUGCAACCUCAGCACCCCACUGAUUCUGCAAAACAAGCCCAGCCACUUUUGAAUCCCGAUUUCACAAGAAGCUUGCAUAAAUUCAUAGAAAAUGGAUGGAUAUGCACAAAUCUUCCGGAGAGCAGAAUUCUGCCAUUGCUUUGUACAACCUCCGACCAUUGCCCAGGCUGUCUCUUGUCUGUGUUCAGUUGGCGCAUGCUUACAUUGGAAUGCAGAGAUCAGCAUCUUCACAAUCCUAGGCUCUGCGAAGUUAGGCCUGUCAAACUUGGCAUUUUCUGGGUUGUACAACAUCUGCCUCCUGUGGCUUAUCAAACCCUGUUUGUGCCUCCAGCCUGUGGCUAAAGAAAAGGGGGACAGUUUUAACAACUUGGCAUGCCACGCACACACUGGUGUCACACAGUGUGUGCAAUAGAAGUUGCUAGUCUUUAUGAAGGCACAGACAAGUCUGAAAAUGUGGUUGUGGCAUCUGCAAAAUUGCCAGGGGUAGCUUAAGCCGAAAUGCCAAGAAUCCAUGAAUUUUUUGGGGUGUGCUCGCACACUACAUUCUGUACAGUGGUGGGCCCUCCCAACAAGUAGCAGUAGAAUAAUUUUGCAAAUGUUAUGUGUUGUGUUCAUCUGCCAUUUUUAAAUUUUUGCUUCAGUUGGCAUGGAAUCUUACCUCUGAGCCAGCUGCUGUAAAAACUGGUGGCUCUGGGCUUCUGUCCCUGAUCACAUCAAAAUAUGUCCCUAGCCAUUUACAACAAGUACUGAAAACUGCUUAAGCACACAGAUUUCUAGUGCUGGAUUUGGAUGGCUGGAUUUCCCACCCCCACCCUCCAUCACUUGGUUUACACAACUUUUACUGCCCGGUUCCUUUCGCUUCUUCCGUGUGACCGUUUCACCACAUGCCUAGAGAGGCAGUCCCACAAACCUGCCUUCCUUUGUUACGCCUCCCCCCUCCACAAAUUCCCCACUUUUGGGGGUUACUGUCUUGCCUCUUGGUUCAAAUGUUGGAUUUCUAAGACGCAGUGUGUUCCAAUGUCCCACUUUUUAGACACAUGUCCACCUUUCCAUCCCCCUUUCUUGGAUGGAUGAAUUCUACACACACACUCCUUGUCCUUGUACCGUUUGCCAAAGCAUCUUUUGCCUUCUCACCCCACCCCAAAGGCAUUUGUUCAGAUUGUUGCAAGGGAGGCGGGGAGGGGGUGUUGAUUGAUCCAUGGUAUGUUUGUAGUUGAUACUAAAAAAAAAUGGGACUCCCCUGGGAGCCUGGAGUUUUUUUGUCUUAUUUUUCUUGGAAAAAAAUAAUAAAACCUAUAAAAGUUU